CUCAAAUCAAGUGUCGUCCGGCUGCAGUCCCAGUGCAGUGCCAGUACCUACAAUUAGGUAUGCACUGCAGUGAACGAUGGACUCGGAGAAGAUGAGGCUGCAGCCUCUGACGUCGCCGCCACUUAAUUAUUGUGAUUACUGCUCUUGGAUUAGAGCGAGUUCCGUUACUACUACUAGAGGUCACAUCCACCACUGCACUGCACACUACCUAGGUACGCCAUCCGUCUCAGCUCCUGGGAGUUUCUUCUCGAAUUUACCACUCAAGCAGUUGACAGUUGCUCAACCACCAAAGCCUGGCUCCCUUCGUUUGGUGAAUGCGAAUCCGGCAUGUCGUGGAAUUCGGGGCGCUCGAAACGAGCAGCAGAGGACUUUGUCCGCACUCGGGAUCAUGAGGAUUUCUACGGCCAGCCUACGAAGAAGCCGCGCUUCGACGUCCGUAAUCCUUCGGCUUUAGCUCCCGACGCGCCUGAAGACGACGACAUUCUCGAAGCGGACGUUAUCGGCACCCGUGGGCAACAAGUGCGCCGAGGGGCAGUCAACAUCGACGGGUACGACUCCGACUCUGACAAUGACAAUUUCAACGCACGCGCAGACGCCAAGGCCAAGGCAAAAUCCGCCAAAUCGCAAGAGGAGGAAACAAAUGACAUGUUUGCGGAACUGGACGAGGACCUAAAAGAUGGAGAUGACUCCGAGGGCGAUGCUGGAAGGCGAGGAGGCAACAAAAAAGCCGUGCGGUUCCUAGAUGAAGAUGAAAUUGAGGGACAGGUCAAGUCGUCCAAGAGUGGCGGUCAUGUUUCUGCAAACUUCAGUCUCAAUGGUAGUGGACAAGGAAAGUCAAGAGCACAAGACGACGAGGUGGAAAGCAGCAGUGAAAGUGAGGUAGACGAUGAGGUACGAGCAAGUACAGGAGACCUCGACCCAGAGCUGGGUGCUGGAGCCAAGAAAUCACAUGCUCCUAAACUCGAUGCCUUUAACAUGCGCGCCGAACAAGAAGAAGGCCGAUUUGACGACCAGGGCAACUACGUUCGUAAAGCAGCCGAUCCGGACGCCAAACACGAUAUCUGGUUAGAGGGCGUAUCGAAAAAGGCCAUGCGGAAAGCCAAGGAAGCCGCCGAUAAGCGGGAGGAAGAGCGAAGAAAACGUGCCCUCGAAGACGACGCAAAGCCGACAUCGCAGGUGCUGGCUGUAUUGAUACCUCAGUUAGAACGCGGAGAGACGGUGCUUGAAGCGCUUGCUCGACUCGGAAAGGGAAAAGAAAAGAAACGUAAAUGGCAAACAAAGACAAAAACCAGGAGGCAACAUGAGCCACCUGCCGAGCAUGCUGGGGACGAAGAAGACGACGCAGCCGAAAAGAGCAGGAAGGAGAAGAUCGAAAUGAUUACGGGAGCGGCCGACAUCUUGUUGACCAGAGGUCAGCCAGAGAUUUACGAUGCUGAAAGAGAAUUGCUCAUUCGACAGUAUCAAAGGGAGACCGGUGAAGAAUGGACCGAUCCUCCGGCACCCGACACAGACGAAUCUCCUGCUGAUGGCUCUGAGGAACAGAUGUGGGAGUACAGGUGGACUGAUGCCAGAGACGGCGGUGCCAUCAAUGGACCGUACAACCGCGACACCAUGAAGCAGUGGAAUGAUGCCGGCUAUUUUGGUGAAGCGGUUGAGUUUCGUAGAAAAAACGGCGGAGACUGGACCAGGGUGGCCGAGUUCGCCUGAAAAUGAUGCCUGAUAUUCCGGAUAAUUGACUUCCUAAGCAUGGAAUAUGUCCUUGUCGAUUCGAUCUGCGCCUUUCAGGGUCAUGGCGCGGGUGUGCUCGAAAGUCAUUACCCUCCAGUUGAGUUCUCGGCGCCAGAAAAGACCAUAGCCUAGCGUUUUCUCCCCAGUUUCGGCGGACAGCCCGCCACUUCGAGGCAUUCUCCGGGCGAAGACGCAGGCCCUGAAUCUAGAGUGGAUCAUAGCCAUAGCACAGCAGACACAAGGUUCGUGGGUGAGAUAGAGGUCGAGACCACUGCAGAGGUAGCCUUCGCUGCGAGAUUCCGAUUGCUUUUCAGGGAGAGAAUCGUGGUCAACCAGUGUGACGUUGCGAAGCCCAUUUGUCAGAUCGCGAAGGACCUUGUCAUCAUCUUCGUAGCGCGCUUCGAUGGACGUCACAGCCUGACCAGAAGGAGUUUCGGAGCAGGUGGCCAAGAAUUUGUUGUGCGACCCGGCUUUGAUACGUCGGCGGAGUUCCUUGUUGGCAACCAUGGCGAUGGCCCGCAUGGCGGCAUGAUAUUCUGGUCUUCCCUCCCCAUGAUUUGCCAUCAAGGACUUGUGGAUUUUUGGGUCUUCUGACCACCAGCGGGCAUCACCAGCAACCGCCAUUACCGCACCUGUUUCUGGAUCAACGACGACGGCUCCGACACCACGCCCGUGACCGGCAUCGUGAGCCUCAGCUGCAGCCUGAAAAGCCAGUUGUAUGUACUUGUCCGCCAUCGGGACUUCCAGGGCCGUGCGUACCCGGCGAAGUUGAUGAAGGGGUGGAGCAUCUUGGACGACCUGAGCGGCAGGGUUGAAGAUGGAUGGCCAAUAACGUUCACUCCAAAGGGCAGCCUGUUCAGCACUCAGAGGAGCAAACCGAGGGACAACGGCAUCAAAGCAGCGUGGCAGGCCUUCAACAUCGAUGUGUGGCAUGAGCGUAGCUUCUAUGUCCUCCCAAGGGACAACGGUAUUGGGCAACAAGAGGAAGACGGUCUGAAGACCCCUGGCGUCAUAGUCACGGCGCCAUGCCAGAUCCAGCGGUAAGUGAACCAGCGUGCAGAGGCGCCGGAGAUGGCUGAAAGAAGGAUGCUUGCCGCCGGAUGGGAUGAUGGGUUUGACAAUGCUGGUCAGAGUUGUCAGCUUCAAUUGCCCCUAGUCACACGCAAAGUUUGGGGGAAACGCCCGUACCUUAGAGCCUUGCUUGUCAGUUUUGCCGGGAUCUCCACGACAAAGGCCCGCACUGGCGGAGUAAGUCAGCAACGCGGACACCGGUCACCACGACAGCAACUCACCGAACUCCUCGUCAGACCGAGUCUCGUGCAGAGUCUUCAACGGCUCAAGGAAGGGGACUGGGACUGGUUCCGCCAUGGUUUGGGAGUGUGGUUAGGAGUGUCUGCAUGGUCUGCGGGAGAAGAACGAAUGCAGAGUGUGGUGCAGAACGCGAGAGGUUGAAAUGAGAGUUGAGAGAUGGGAAGUAGGAAGUAGGAAGUCGCGACUGCCGUUUGAGAGUCUAAGGCGACUGCCCUGCUACCUUCCUUUCAAGUUCAAUUGUUAUCAGUGCAGCCUGAGCGCAGUCUGAAACUUGAAUGACAGUACAAUGAAGUCGCAGUCCGUUGUUGUCGUCGUGAUACUAGUAGUAGUAGGCCAGGUGCGCAGCGGGCCAGCUGGACGAAACGGAAGGCGCAAGCGCAGAAAUGAAGAACUUGAAUCACACUGCACGCCUCAGCCUUCGCUGCAGAACUUGAGAGAGACUGCAACCAGUGCGAACCACAACGCCUCCCGCCAAUAAGAGAAUCAAAAACAAUUAUGUACAAGCCCG